CGACAGAGGGCACACACAGGUCUGUGAGCGACGUAAAUCCCCCGAAGAAGAGAUGACCGGGUGUAAACAUGGCGUCUGCCUUGGACGAUGAUGAUAUCGGGAGUGAUGACUAUUAUUCCUUGCUUAAUGUCCGAAGAGAGGCUACACAAGACGAGCUGAAGGCAGCAUACAGGCGAUUAUGCAUGCUGUAUCACCCAGACAAACACAGAGAUCCUGAACUAAAGCGACAGGCAGAACAGCUCUUUAAUCUCGUACACGAAGCUUAUGAAGUUCUUAGUGACCCACAAGCUCGAGCAAUCUAUGACAUCUAUGGCAAACGGGGACUCGAUGUUGAUGGAUGGGAGGUGGUGGAGAGGAAAAGAACCCCUGCAGAGAUUCGAGAAGAGUAUGAGCGUCUUCAGAGAGAGCGAGAGGAGAGACGGCUUCAGCAAAGGACCAACCCAAAGGGGACGAUCAGUGUGGGCAUUGAUGCCACAGACCUCUUUGAUCGGUAUGAAGAGGACUAUGAAGACAUGGUUGGAGGCGGAGUGCCACAUGUGGAAAUCAACAAGAUGCACAUAUCACAAUCCAUAGAGGCUCCUCUUACUACAAAAGACACAGCCAUUUUGUCUGGCUCCUUGUCAACCCACAAUGGAAAUGGAGGUGGCACCAUUAACUUGGCCUUGAGAAGAGUCACUUCAGCGAAGGGGUGGGGUGAGAUAGAGUUGGGAGCUGGAGACACUCAUGGACCUCUCUUUGGAAUGAAGAUAUUCCGCAAUUUGACGCCUCGAUUCUUUGUAACUGCCCAGUGUGGCCUUCAGUUUUCAUCCCGAGGCGUGCGUCCUGGGGUCACCACAGUGCUGGCCCGUCACCUAGACAAGAACACUAUGGGCUAUCUGCAGUGGCGUUGGGGGAUCCAGUCCUCUAUGAACACCAGCAUAGUGAGAGACACGAAGAGCAGCCACUUCACCUUCGCAGUGCAGCUGGGUAUUCCUCACACUUUUAUGAUGAUGAGCUAUCAGUACAAGUUCCAGGAUGAAGACCAGACAAAGAUUAAGGGCUCAGUAAAAUCAGGUUUCUUUGGGACUGUGUUAGAGUACGGUGCUGAGAGGAAGAUCAGUCGACACAGCGUCCUGGGGGCCACCGUCAGCGUGGGAGUGCCCCAAGGUGUCUCCCUGAAGAUCAAACUAAACAGAGCCAGCCAGACGUAUUUCUUCCCUAUUCACCUGACUGACCAACUCCUGCCUAGUGCUGUAUUUUACGCCACAGUUGGACCACUGGUUUUCUACCUCGCCAUCCAGCAGCUUAUUAUUCGGCCCUACUUGCGGGCCCAGAAGGAACAAGACUUGGAGAAGCAGAGGGAGAGCUCGGCCUCCGAUAUAGCCCGAAAGAAACAGGAGGCAGAGUCUGCUGUUUUGCUCAUGCAAGAGUCUGUGCGGCGGAUUAUUGAAGCCGAGGAGUCUAGAAUGGGUCUCAUCAUCCUCAACGCCUGGUAUGGCAAGUUUGUCACAGACAACAGCAGAAGACACGAGAGAGCGAAGGUCAUUGAUGUGACUGUGCCACUGCAGUGUCUGGUGAAAGACUCAAAACUCAUCCUCACCGAGGCCACAAAGUCAGGACUCCCUGGUUUCUACGACCCCUGCGUGGGGGAGGAGAAGAGCCUGAAGGUGCUGUAUCAGUUCCGCGGCGUCAUGCAUCAAGUCCUGUCAGGAGACACUGAACCACUCAGGAUACCAAAGCAAUCUCACAGGAUUGACGCAGACACAUAGGAGCUCCUCCUCCGCUGACCAAAAAGACUCGUCUCUCGUCUGUUCUGACAGAAGAUGGACAAACCUCUGUUUUAGAUACGACAUGGAUCUAAAUCUGUGUUACUCAGAAAUUGUGCAUUUACUUCCUUGUCUUUAUAUUAAUUUAAAAAUGCAGAGUGGAGUAAGAACAUCACAGACUGGAUUAAUCAAAGCCAGUAUCCAUGGACGGGGGUUGUGGUCUGCUUGAAAUUCUAAUGUGACACCAAAAUCAGUGGCUACCAUGUUACUUCCCAGGUCUUCUAGCCUGCUUGGUAUCCAUUUAUUUUUGGUAUGGCUUGUAAAUUAUGACAGAGUUCUAUGUACUGUAUUGAACAAAAACUGCAGUGCCUAUGUGAUUGAAGACAAGAUUGCACCUCUGUUUGUUUGCCAUAUUAUUAAAAACUGUCUCUCUCA